UUUCACACUUCAAUUCAUUAAUAUCUAAGCAGAAAACAGAAAUUACUUUCAUAAUCCAUUUGAAAUUUCAGAAUUGAAACUUACUUUCUAGUACUUUACCAAGACAUCAUGAUGAUGAAUAGUAAGAGAUGUAAAGGAGAAAUGAAAGAUAACAUAGCAAAAAUAGCAACUUGUUUGAUGUUAUUAUCACGCAGUGGAGGAGAUCAGAUCGACUAUCGACCGGUCAUUCAAGCACAGACGAUAUCGACAAGUACACGAGGCCGUGUUUAUGAGUGCAAAACAUGCAGUAGACAGUUUCCAUCAUUUCAAGCACUUGGGGGACAUAGAGCAAGUCACAAGAAACCUAAAUUGGUAGACCAACUAUCAGCGGAUGAUCUAGGUAGCCAACAACAAGUGACGAAACCAAAGAUCCAUGAAUGUUCGAUUUGCGGUUUAGAGUUUGCGAUUGGACAAGCUUUAGGUGGGAAUAUGAGAAAACAUAGAUCUGCCAUGAUUGAAUCUUCAUUGGCAACUACAAAAACAGAAGUAUUAUCGCCAUCUUCAUCUGAUAUUACAACUGACAAUACCACUCUAAAACAACAAGUACCAGUUUUCAAGAGAUCGAAUAGUAGCAGGAGAAUUUUGGGUUUGAACUUGGAUUUGAACUUAUCUCCUCUGCCUACUACAACUACAGAUAGCAAUGAUUUUGAAUUCUCCACUCUUGUAGCAGAAUCCAAUCAGAUGUCCAUACCACCCAUGAUUUAUAGUUUUAUUUGAUUGGUACAUUUAACCAAUACUUAGCUAGCGAGAUUUAGAUAUAAUUCAUUCUUGUAUUUGUAGUUGCAGGUAUUCCCACAACUAACACCCCUUAAUGAUUUCUAUGGAUCUAAACAUAUUUCUUGUAAAAAUGAUGAUAAGAGUGCUAGAAAUAUAAAUAGACACAAGGAUUUUUUACA